AUGGCAACACAGAGACUACUGUAUGGUUGGAAUAAUAUUAACUCAUUUUGUCUGCCCCCAACUUAAGGAGCUUAUUGCAUUAAACACGCGAAUCUUCAAUGCCAUCUGCCGGGCACACGGUGUGGUUUUCUUCACAGGUUUUCAGUAGUUUGUUCGACUGAGCUAUUUAUAAGUCCGGUCCACGCCGUUUGUUUCUAAAACAUUCAGCGUUCAUCUCCUGGUCCUGGUGCAUGUGGCUGUGAACGUUCUUCAGGGCCGAGUAGCAGCGUGAUCAUUGGUAAACACUGGAUGGAAUGGAACCAAGAGAUCCGGUCGCGCGGCACCAGCGGUAGCUCGGACCUGAUGAUUUGAGGAGGCACGUGCAGCGCGCCUUUCAGACGAAGAAAAAUACCGUGAAUAGGAUGAUUUCUUACCGAAAAUGGCUAUUUCUGUAUUUUUUACAUUAAAUGUACCCGGCUUGGUUUCUAUUGUGUCUAUUAUCAUCUUGACACAAAGUGCAGCUCCACUGGAAGCUGUGGCCCUCUGCCUGAGCGACCUCUGCCAAAAUGGUGGCGUGUGCCAAGACAUGCCUACCGACGUCCUGUGCCAGUGCCCCACGCCACUGUCUGGCCCCUCCGCCACGGGCCAGUGCGAGGGCCCCGACAUGCUGUGCCACCCUGUGCCAUGCCUCCACAAUGCCACCUGCCACCCCAGUCCCGCGGACCCCCCGGGCCUGGCCUGCUGGUGCCAGUCUGGUCACACCGGGGAGUCCUGUGCCGCCGGUGCCCAGCGAUGCGCCGACAGCCUCUGUGGGGCCACGGCUCUGUGCCAGCCGCUCUCCGAUCGGCCCACAGGGGCGGCGCCCGGCCACUCGUGCCUGUGCAGGCCCGGGUACGUGGGCACCCGCUGCGAGACGGAGGUGAACGAAUGCGCCUAAAAUCCGUGCCAGAACCGGGCCUUCUGCCGGGACGAGCCGAACGGGUACUCCUGCUUCUGCAUACCCGGAUUCCAGGGCAGUCACUGUGAAAUUGACGUGAACGAGUGCGCCUCCCGGCCUUGCCGUAACGGAGCCACCUGCCUCAACAGGGUCGGGAGGUUCUCCUGCCUCUGCAAAGCGGGGUACACGGGUACAGGAAACCUCGCCCCAUUAACACCGUCCGCCUCUAUGACAGCCAAUCGCAAGACAUCGCCACUCGGCCAUUAUGGAAAACCAUGCUGGGCGCUAAUGAAAAUGCUAAACUCAAGAGCUCCAGAACACAACAUAACGUAAUACUACAGAUAUUUACUGCAAAGCUAACAUCCUCAUCCAAUUUGCAAGUAAAACAAAUGAGGCUCACUCGGUGAAAAUAUCCAUGAGCCACCAGGGAUUUAAUCUACGCAACCAAUGGAUGGUUUUGUUUAUUUCGCUCUUUUGUUCACGCUUUUUGGUUAUCCAUGGGGCACUGUGGGUAAAAGAUGUCUCGCGCUUAAGAGGAUGUCAUAAUAGGAUAUGGGUUCUUAACUUCUCAUCUAAUAGAAAAAUUGCUGUUGAUCUGAAGCACGUGCUAAGAUAACUUUCGUGCUGGCUAAAACUAAACCAAAGUAAAAAAUAACAUUUUGAAUUGGCAGCCACUGUAGUUAAAACAUCUUGAAAAAAUCUCAAUAUCUGAUGACCGUGUCAACAAUGUAAAAAAAUAAAAUGAUUAGCAACAGAAUUAUAAUUAAGCAUAUGGUUCACCGAAAGCCUCUUAUAAAGGCAAGAACUUCUCUAAUAUUUUUCCUCUUACGGUAUUUAAUUCAUUCAAAUUUACUGAUUUUGUUUCAGUAAUAAUAUUGAAUGUUUGUUAGAGGGCACCAUCUAGUGGCAACAGUAUACUUGUUCUCCUUGGUCCCUAGCAUGGUAAACUGCAGGUUUGGUCCAACUGCAAACACCACAAUGCUGCAUUCAGAGCCUGAAAUGGUGAAGUCUUGUCUUCCUCAUUAGAAGAGAAAAUUAGACUGGAGUUUGAAAUCUUACAGUUUCUCCAUGUUACUGAGUAGGUCAAUGCCUUUUUUUAAGGUUAGGUUUGUAAAUGAUUUUCUUUUUAUUUUUUAUUUAUUAUUUACUUAUACAGGUUGUCACAUAAUCUAUCCUCAAGUUUCCCGUUCUUGUCUCCCCCCCAUAAUUCCCAACCUGUAGAGAAUCCUUUUGGAUCAUGUCCAAGUGUAACACCUUUACCUCUUUUCAUGCUCCUUUACUAUUGCAUUUUGUCCCACUAAGAGAGAUUGCCAGUCACUUAGAUUCAAGCUCAUGCUAACCUCCCUCGAUUUAUGUGUGACGUUGGGGACAUGGGCAUUAUAAAAACAGUUUUCUCAUAACAAGCAAGACUAUCACCGUGCUAAUGACACAUAAGAGGCUACAUGCAGUGUAGUGUUAAAAUCACUCAGUUGCACAUUCAAACCUCAAGUGGGAUGACUGAGACAGCAGCUAAACAUCUGCCGAAACCUGUCAAAACAGAGAAGGCAUCCAUUAUAUUGCAGUUGAGGUAUAUUUUGAAACAGAAGCGCCUUGUACGGCGUUCUCUCUUGAUCCAGAUGGCCCCGGGGCUGUAUCCCGGCUUUAGAGUGCAGAGAUGAAGGGCCUCACCGGUGGAGCUUGCGCUGCCUUUGAUCUUCCAGGAACUAGAUGCGAGCUGCAAGUCAACGAAUGCCAAUCAGACCCUUGCCUCAACGGCGGCAGUUGUCAUGACUACGUGAACGGCUUUUCCUGCGCGUGCCGGGCCGGCUUCCUGGGCCGUUUCUGUGAAGUGGACGUGGACGAGUGCGAAAGCGAUCCGUGCCAGAACGGAGCGGUCUGCACCGAUGGGGUAAACGGAUAUAGCUGCGAUUGCACCGGGCUGGGCUUCAUGGGCCUGAACUGUGACACCCCCGUCCCGGCCUGCAUGUCCCAGCCCUGUCUCAAUGGCGCCUCCUGUCAAGAGAACCAGGGGAACUACACCUGCUACUGCUGGCCGGGGUUCGAGGGGAGGAACUGUGAGGUAGACACCAACGAGUGCAGCAGCAGCCCCUGUCUCUCCGGGGGGACAUGCAUCGAGCUCUCCUGGAAGGCCCUGUAUGACACAGAGAAACUAUUCCCUGCACACCACGACUCCCAGAAUGCCGUGGGGUUCAUAUGCACAUGCCAACCAGGCUUUGAAGGUGUUCUCUGUGAAGAGGAUGUUAAUGAAUGUGACUUGAAUCCGUGCCAAAAUGGAGGCCUGUGUGAGAAUUAUCCAGGAGGUUUCACUUGCCACUGUUCGCAGCAGAGCCAAGAUGGACGCCUGUACGGAGGGCAGAACUGCACAGUGGCCCUGCUGGGCUGUGAGGGUCGCUCCUGCCAGAAUGGAGCUGUGUGUUUGCCCUUGCUCAUCGACGGGGAGCACAGCCACCUCUGCACCUGCCCCCCUGGCUUCACGGGCCGCGACUGCCAGACGUCCACCGCCUUUUCCUUUGAGAUGGGAGGCCACCUGCUUCUACAGAGCCCUGCCGCAGGUCCACUGGCUUCCUGGAACGUGACCCUCAGCUUCAGGACCAUGAUGGCCGACGCCACGCUUCUCCUCUGGAGGGCCGGAGGGUUUGCCGUCCGGCUGGAGCUGGCGGGCGGACGGCCACGCCUCCGCGUGCUGGCAGAGGGCGGGGCAAGUCCCAACCAGGAAGUCCCGUGCAACGUGAGCGAUGGCGAGUGGCACGCCGUGGAGGUGGCGUUCGAGGGCGGGGCCCUGGGGCUCAGGCUCCUGGGCGGUUCCUGUGGCGAGGAGGGCGAGAGCACGGUCGUGGUGGCGAGGGGGUCGCCGCCGAGGGAAGGGUCAGGGCUGGGGGCGGAGCCACCUCCCACUUUCCACACCAUCCUCAUCGGAGGGGUCGGCGAAGAGGGGAGGGAAACGCCAUUGGGGGACGGCCCCCUCCCUCCCUUUGUCGGAUGUCUGCGGGACAUGUUUGUAGACUCUUGGCCGGUGGUGCCGGGGGAUUGGCUGAGCGGCACGCCAGUUAACGUCACCCUCGGGUGCAGCACCCGGGACAGGUGCGAGGACCGCCCAUGUCAGAACAGGGGCCGGUGUGUCAGCCAAUGGAUGAGCUACCAGUGCGAGUGCUACAGGCCUUAUGAUGGACCGGACUGCUCAGAAGAGCACGUCACGGCCAGGUUUGGCGGCGAGGACCGGGAGAGCUACGCCGUGUUCACCCUGGACGAGGCCCCCUCGGAGGGCGUGGACAUCAGCGCGUUCGUGCGCACGCGCCGCCAGGGGGCACUGCUGCUGGCCCUGGCCAACGGCACCGGGCCGUAUCUCCACCUGUGGCUGGAGGAGGGCAGGCCCAGCGCCCGGGCCCGCGGCUCCCCCCAGACCCUGAGGGGCGGGGCCGCCGUCGGCGACGGCCGCUUCCACCUGCUGGGCCUCAGCGUCCGCGGCGACCGGAUCACCCUGCGGCAGGCGGCCCAGGGGCCGGUCUCCGCCUCCGCCCCCGCCCGCGGUGUCCGGGUGCAGCCGGGGGACCUGGUGUACGUGGGUGGCCUGCCGGACGCCCGCGACUCUGCCCCAUUCGGGGGCUACCUAAAAGGGUGCGUGCAGGACCUGAGGGUGGGCGCCCGGCGGCUGCAGUUCUACCAGCCGGGCGGGGCGGCGGCGAGCCCGUACGGCCUAGCGCAGCUAAUGAACGUCGCGCGCGGCUGCGCUGGGGACGACGCCUGCAGGUCGAACCCGUGUCUGAACGGAGGAGUGUGCUACUCCGUUUGGGAUGACUUCACCUGCACUUGCCCCCCCAGUACUACAGGGCGGCGCUGUGAGGAGGUGACGUGGUGCGAGCUGUCGCCAUGCCCGUCAUCUGCCAUUUGCCAGGCCCUCGCGCACGGCUUUGAGUGUAUUUCCAAUGCCACUUUUCUCAAGGACAGCAAUGCUGUUUCCUACAAAGCCGGUGGGAAGAUCUUGCGCAGCCUCACCAGCGUCUCUUUCCGCGUGCGGACGAGGAGCCGGAAUGGCAGCAUUCUCUGGGCUAAAAAGGGACUGGACUUCCUGGCGGUGUCCGUGUGGGACUCCCGCCUGCACCUGGAGCUACGGAGCGGAGCACGCUCCCUCGGCCUGAGCGUGGGGAGCCGGGUCGCCGUUAGCGACGGACAGUGGCACUCGGUCACGCUCGCCAUGGUAACCCCCGGCUCCGAAAUCUCUCAAUGGACCGUAGAGGUGGACGACCAGGGGGAGCCCUCUGUCUCUGGGGUUGCCGCUGGCAACCUGGACUUCCUCAAGGAAGGGGCGGAGCUUCUCCUGGGGGGCAGCGGUCUAGUCGGGUGCCUGAGCACGGUUGACGUCGGCGGGGUCGCUCUCCCGUACCACGGGGAGGGCGAGCUCAGCCUCCCCCGCCCCCAGGAGAGCCGGUUCGUCAGGGCCUCGGCCGGCCCCGCCCUCCUGGGCUGCUGGGGCUCCCCCGUGUGCGAGCCCGACCCCUGCCUGAACGGCGGCUACUGCGUGGACCUCUUCGACCUCUCCCGCUGCGACUGCGCGCCCGGCUGGGCGGGGCCCCUCUGCGAGCUCAGCUCCGACCCCUGCGCCUCCGGGCCCUGCGUCCACGGCAACUGCAGCGCCCGCGCCCUGGGGCACGCCUGCGCCUGCGAGCCGGGCUACACCGGCCCCGACUGCGCCGCCCGGGGGGAGGAGGCCGACCCCUGCCAGUCCCACCUCUGCGCCCGGGGGGCCACCUGCCUGAGGGGCUACUCCUCCUACUCCUGCCUCUGCCCCCCCGAGAAGACCGGGGAGCUCUGCGAUGUGAAAUUUGAGCAGAUUCCUUGGUACAAGGAGAAUUAUCCGAGACCCAUUCUCCCAGUGUCUGUGUGCGGUGGCGAGCGCUGGAACUACACCUGCCGUAAUGGCGGGAACUGCACCCGCGCGGGCUCGCAGUGGGCCUGCGACUGCAUGCCGGGUUUCACCGGCCGCUGGUGCGAGACGGACAUAGACGAGUGCUCGUCAGGCCCCUGCCUCAACAGAGGCUACUGCAUCAACAUGAUCAACGGCUUCCACUGCUUCUGCGAAGCGUACUUCGCCGGCGACCUCUGCGAGGUCCACCUGCGUGCAGACAGCCUGAGCUCUAAGGUGCUCCUGUCCGUCAGUCUGGCGUCCGUGGCUCUGCUCCUGGUGCUCUCCCUGACCGCGGCCGCCCUCGUCACCACCAUGAAGCGCCGGGCCACCUACGGCAGCUACAGCCCGUCCAGACACGAGAAGGAAGGCCCCAGAGUGGAGAUGUGGAACAUAUCACAGACUCCGCCCACAGAGAGACUCAUAUGACCCAACUGCAGCCAUUCUGUCUGACGUGCCAUGCAGGUUCAACCUUGAGAGGGCAAAAACCAGGAGAGGAUGCAUCACAGGUGAACGCCCCACCCACCUACGCAUACGCAGGCCAGAGGUAAAUGAGGACCCGUUAUGAAUAAACUGGCUCCUGUCAUUUAAUGGACCUCAUUUUAGGAAUAGUUUUUCCAGCAAAUCUGUGAAACAAAAAUCUUUUCAAUGAUCUCACUUGAAACGCUGCCAUGGUUGGAGUUAGAAACAGUUGCUGGAAAGGGGGCAUUGUUCUGUUUGUACAGGCUUUGUGUAACACCGCACAGUUGGAGUAGAGAUAAAUUCUACCAAUUUGUAGAUUCACAGAUUCCGUAGACAAAGCAGAUGGAUAGCGCUGUUAGCACUCGAAGUUCUGCAUCUCCACCAUCAAAGCUAAAGUGUUCCAAUUGUAUUCACAUUUAGAAUUUUUAUAAAUGGAAAUGGCACCUUUUAUUUGCAAAAUAGAGAAGACAAAAUGUAUGCAAGAACCCGUUAUCUGGCUAGUCUGUAGCACCUGUGGGUAUAUGUUUGACGUGCCAUUGUCUAAUGGGACACAUUCUUAGCAAAAACUAUAAAAACAGUUUGUUUCCUGAUUGUGAUUUAUGUAAACACGUUUUGAGCCAUCUGUUUAGAUAAAACUCUGCAUUAAAACUAACAGGCUCCACACUUAUGGAUGUGUUGCAAGCGUUUUUAAAGCGGACCCAGGUCAGAAAUCUAAAUCUGAUGUGACUUAUUAUAUGUGCGUGCACGAUGGAGCCUUCCAAACCAUUUCCUCUCUGUCUAGAAACUCAACCCCAAGGUCAGCUUCGCAAACUGGCAAUUUCCAAUUAUCCAGACCUUUUUAUUUAAGUGAGUAGAGCUGUACAAAAGCCAUGUGAAAUAAAAUAUCCCUUUUUCCUUACCUGAACCUUCCUUUAAAAUACACUGAUACUCUGUUGUGUACUUUUUGGUCAUGUCAUUAGUGUUUGUGGUAUGUUUGUGUACAUAUAAAAUGUUGGUUAAAGUUUCAUUUUGAGACUAGGAAGAUGACAAUACAUUGUGUAUACUGUUUAAAUGUAUCCUGAAUUCAGCUUGACAGGGAAAUGAUUCAAUCUAAUGUUCAGGGAAGUGGACUUGUAACACCAAGGUCAAAGAAAGGAAGCUGUGUAGUUGCUUUGGAUAUAAGCUUCUGCCAAAUGCCUAAAAUGUAAUAUAAUUUUAUGAACUGGGGUAUAAUUGUGAUAUAUUCUUUGUACAAUGUGUCACAAUUGUACCGCCUUAUAACAUUACACCACUUCCUUUCUUUGUACUCAGUCUACAACCUUGGUGUUACAAGCCCACUUCCCUAACCAUUAUGCUAUACUGCCACCAUGGUUUCUGUGUUACAUAAAGGGUCCAACCUUCACCUUUGUCUCCAGUUUUUGCUUGAAACUGAAGAUUAUAACUGAACAUUAUAUGAAUGUUUUUUAUUUAUUUAUCUGAAUUAAGAAUUAAAUUAAGUUGAAUCAUA